AUGAACCCACGCCCGAAACGUACUCGCCGUUUGCGAACGUCAAGCAGUGCCAGUUCGAGCUCAUCCGAAGGUGCAAGACGGUCUCGACGUCAUAAGCGUGGAAAUAUUGAGAAAGCAAAGGACCGCAUUACGCUGUCACCGACUCCACCUGUCAUUCUGGCUAAAAGGACCGGUUUGCGUUCGAAAGCACCGGCUAAGAAUUCACCGUCCAACGGUAAUGCGUCGAAGGGUAAGACCCAUGAGUCAAAUCGUCCAGUAACACGCUCUCACAACACUGCAGCAAGAUGUCAUCGUACAGAUCCCAGUGGCAUUUUCUCUUCGUCAACCGAAUCAUCCACCCCUUCAUCGCCCACGUCACAAGAUUCCGAAUAUAAAGCGAGAUUCUCAUCGUCUAAGGUGACAACCUCGGUGACGACUAGAUCUGCAAAACGCGUUCGUAGAGCGCGUCUUGUCAAACAAACUGGUGCUAAGAAGUCAGGCGCAAUGACUGUUAUCUCGCCAAAUUCAUCCAGACGAAUGGCGCCGAUAGUUGGCAGUGAACCGCGUAGUUACCGAGGUCGUAAAAGAAAGGCACCUGCUAAAAAAGAAAAGUGUGAAUCUCCGGAUAAUGAUGAAAAUAUUAUGGAUCUCGAGGAAGCGUUCUCCGGUAUGGAUUGCGAGAGCUCCUUUCUUGAAGAGUCCUUACUUUGUUUAGGAAGCGACGACGAAUUCGAGGAUGAACGAUUACUAGACGAAGCGUUCUUGAAGAAAUGCGGAAGAAGAGUUAUGGAAGUUUAUAACAAAGUAAUAAAAGGAUACAACGAUAGAAUAGCUAAGGAGGAAGCGCCGGCUUUUGCGAAAAAUGUAGGACAAUUACCUGUUCGUCGUUACCAUACUUAUGACGACUCAACUCCCACACCGCUCAACCUAGACGCUGAUGAUUUGGGCGAAUUCAUCACACAUUUUAAGAUUACUGAUUGUCGUAAUAUGAAUGCUCAACGAUGUGGCGUGCGCUUUUUACCUGCGCUUGAGCUUCGACCAAGAACAGCCUACUGGGUGCAUACAGAGUGUAAUAUCAGGGCUGAUGAAGAGCACAGGCUCUCGCAUAUACCAUUUGUCAGUGAGGACCAUGAUGAUAAACAGUUUUGUGCAGAACUAAGAAAGCUUUAUGACGAGGGCAUCCAUGGUGCGGAUCGAGGAUGUGAUAAAUAUAUUAACGAUUAUAUAAUGUUUCAAAUGUUAGAAUUGUUGAAAAAUGACUGGGAGGAUCGCCCGAACUCUGAAAGGAUAAUUGAUCAUAUUUACUAUGCUAUCUUUAAGUUGUUUCCCAACAAACUAUCGCAUCGGCAAUUAGUUACAGCACGUGGAGAUCUUGAGGAGAGAUUCGCACCGGGUCGAACUCCUUCGAAAAGCACACAAGAGUUGAAAGCAAGGAGUGAUCAGAAUUUUCAUUCAGUGAAUGUACUAUGCUGUGAACGAUGCUAUCAGUACGACUGUGUACUUCACGGUCCUUAUGAUGAAGAUAUCAAACCUUUCAAGCGCCGUCAAGGAGAGCGAGCUCCAAGGCCAACGCCAUGUGGUCCGAAUUGUCAUCUGUUGGAGACUGCUGCUGAACAGUCGACUUCAAACGGAACUAUUGAGAGAACACGAUCAGCAGCCUCUAAAACACCGACCUCGCCAAGAAACAGGAAGAAUCAGGGAUCAGGAGGGACACCUCUAAUACCACCUAACGGCCAAAUUGGAAACGGACGAGUUGCUCCAUUCUCGAAUCCAACUCUAAUGAAUAUCUUGGUAUCACUGUUGGCUGGGGAGAAAACUUCAAUAUGUCUAAUAACAGCACAGAUGAAAAUGAUCUGCGAAGAUAUCGGGGCGCAACCACGGACCUGUAGUGAGAUCUAUCGCCUCGCUUCUCAACUAGCUCAAGCGAACCCAAGCCUGACACCGGAACAAAAGAAAGUGUCAAUCAAAGAUAAGCAUAGGUCGUUCCGAUCCUUUACUUGGGCGGAUGGGAAAGGACAGGUAGAGAACAAGGAGCGUAUGGUUCCCUGCUCACACUCGGGUCAUUGUGACGGAAAUCCUCUGUGUGUAUGCUCGUCAGGAAGUGGAAUUUGCAGUAAGUUCUGCGGAUGCCCACAAGACUGUCGAAUGCGGUUUCCAGGAUGUCGUUGCGCACCAGGGAACUGUCGAACAAAGCAGUGCCAGUGCUAUUUUGCGAGAUGGGAAUGCGACCCGGAUCUGUGUAAAUCGUGCAAAUGUGAUGAUCUCUCUAUGGAUGGCGAGAAAUGUCGCAAUGUACCUCUCCAGCGUGGUCAUCAAAAACUUCUCAAGGUUGGCAUCUCUGGGAUUGCUGGAUGGGGCUGCUUCAUUCAAGAGACAGCGGACAAGGGUGAUUUAAUUGCCGAGUAUACUGGAGAAGUGAUCUCAAAGUGGGAAUCUGAGCGUCGUGGACUGAUUUAUGACAAGUUUUGCACUAGUUAUAUUUUUGGAAUGAAUAAUGACCAGUUCAUCGACGCAACCAGGGUCGGGAAUCUCAUUCGAUUUGCAAAUCAUUCCAAUAAUAAUGCUAAUUGCUCAUCUGAGAUAAAAAUUGUCAACGGUGAACAUCGGAUAGGUGUUUAUGCAAGUCGUCAUAUCCUAUACGGUGAAGAGUUGCUGUUCGACUACAACUACGGCCAAACGUGGAAUAAAUUCGUACCAAUUGAAAAGAGUAUAAGAGCACAAGCGAAUCGCAGCACACCCGACAGCGAUAGCAGUCGAACGGCAGGUUCCCAGAACAAACCAGAAAAAUUGAGGAGAUCUGUGCUUAAGAAAUCGGUGAAAAGCGAACCAAAAUUAUCUGAAGAUGCCAAGAACGACUCGCUGCCACAGGAAGACAUGCCAACGUCUUCUAAAAACAGCAGGCCGAAAGGUCGAACCCAUAAGAGGACAUAA